AUGCAGCAGCCUGAAACCCAGCAGACAGCUCAGCAAGCAGCGGCCGACAUACUGGAUCCAGCAGAUCAGUACCUGCGUCGGAGGAAAACGGCUCUGUGGGUGACUGUGUCCCUGCUGGCUCUGUCUCUGGUGGUGCUGGCAGUGGGUCUCAUCUCUGCCACUCGCACCGACAACGUGCCUGUCGCUGGCUACUACCCCGGCAUCACCCUGAGUUUUGGAGCAUUUCUGGGCAUUGUUGGUAUCCACCUGGUGGAAAAUCGCAGACCCAUGCUUGUGGCAGCCAUCAUCUUCAUCAGUAUCGGAGUCAUCGCGUCUUUCUUCUGCGCCAUUGUGGAUGGGAUCAUCGCUUCAGAGUUCAUUGACACAAGACCUUUGCAGGAGGACAUGUGUGACUUCUACGCCAGUGGAUCAGGCUACGCCUACGACAGCUACUACACAGAGGUGACCUGCCGCUCCUCCGACAAAGCGUGCAAGCUGAAGCUGAGGAGCAACACCUGCUACUGCUGCUACCUGUACAACUGUGAGAGCACAGAGUACCACACGCGGUACUACGAGUUCACGGGUGUCAGCGGCUGCUGGGAUGCGAUCCACCUGUACCGUCUGCUGUGGGCCUCAGUGGUGCUCAACGUGAUCGGCUUGUUCCUGGGCAUCAUCACCGCCGCCAUCCUCGGAGCGUACAAGGACAUGCAGAAGCCAUCUCCUCAGAUGGCUCCCAGCCCGGCGCCGCCACCCCACAUCCUGUACAACCCGACCCAGCACAUGCUCACCUACGCUGGCUUCUGUCCUCCAGGACAGAAUCUGCCUGCCUAUCCCAACUACACAAUACCCAUGCAGCAUAACAGCAACUACCAAGCACCUACCACACCCCAGCAAAACCCUGAGGGAGGCCUUGCCUCCACCACCUGCCCGUCUGAGGACAACCAGCAGCCCUCUCUGGCUCCCAACCAGCCACAGCCUCAGGGAGCCACCCAGGAACCGGGAGGCUUCAUGCUGACUCCCAAUGCUCCUGUCCUCUACGGAUCCUCCUAUAGCUCCUUUGAGAAACCUCCUCCUUAUGCCUGCUGAGCCCCAAGACAAACAUAUGGGGCAUGUUGGAGGUAAAACAUAUUGAUCUGGUCAGACUAAAUGUAGCACAAGACAUUUCAUAGGUGACCUUGUAGAUGGAAAACACUUCAGUGAGCUUCACAAUUACUGAUUUAAAUGCUAUGUUUCGUGUGUCUGAUGCAUUUGAACUGAAGCGAGACACAGAUACAGUUAUAUAGUGUGAUUAUAUAGACAUGAUUACGGUAUUUCAUGUGUAUUUAUUGAAAGAAACGGUUCUGGAAACACGCUUAUUUGCUUCCGUGCCCAAAGUUUGAUGAGAAGACUGAUACCACUCUCUUAUCUAUAGAUAAAUAUGAAGCUACAGCUAGCAGCCGUUUAUCUUAUCUUAGCUUAGCAUAAAGACCAGAAACAGGGAAACAGCUAGCCUCACUCUGUCCAAAGGUAGCAAAAUCCGCAUACUAGCAAAGAAAGCAAAUAAACGUAUUUCCCGAAAUGUCCACCUCUUCCUAUAAGCCUACAGCUGGCCUUCAGAUGCUUACAUAUUACAUAUAAAUGAGUUUAUACACUUGACUGUGAUCUGACAGUUAUUUCUCUUCUAACUCGUGCUGAUUAGAUUACAGGUGUAUCGUGUUUUGUCUCACUAUACUAACUACCGUACGAGCAAUCCAAAGGGCUUUCUUGAAAUAUGAACUGGACAGUAAAUGACACUGUGUUGCUGUUACUUAAUUAUGUUUGUGUGAAUCAUUUGAUGUGCACUUUAAAAGUUAAUACGCUGUAUGUAUUAUUGAUGACGCAUGAGAAUUGCUGUGGGGUAGGAUUCUGUAGCUGCUGCUGCUAUGAAAUACAUUGCGUAUUAUAGAGGCACCUAUCAGAAGUCCAUUCACUGAUGCAUACAAAUACAGGUGGAGUAAGGGCUUUACCAAAAUUUCACAUUUAAAAGGCAGAUAUAGGCUUAUUUGUUUCCCUGCUGAAAGUCAGUUGAGAAGAUCGAUGCCACUCUUACAAUUGUAUGGCAAACAAGAAAGCUAUUUGCAGCAGCCAGUCAGCUUAGUUUAGCUUAGCAUAAAGUCUUAAAAUGGGGAAAACAGCUAACCGGCUCUGUCUGAAGGUAUUCAAAUCCACCUAUCAGCACCUCUGAAGCUCACUCAUUAACAUGUUUGUAUCUUGUUUGUUUAAGCUGUACAAAAACCGAGGUGUAAAAAAGAAUAUUUGCCAUGUUAUU